AUGGCCGACGUCCGCUCCCUCCUCCGUCAGCAGCGCACCGCCCGCCGCAUCGACCACCCCCACGCCGCCUACUCGGACGCCGGCAAGCUGCUGUGCCUGGCAUGCCACGAGACCAUCCGCUCCGAGUCCAUGUGGGACUCGCACGUACGCAGCGCCGCCCAUAAGGCCAAGGCCGCCUCCAAGUCCAUCACCGGAGGGGCAUCUACGACGCCAGCAGCGGCCGACGGACAGAAAGCCGCCACAUCGCAGAAGCGGAAGCAGCAGGAUGACCACGAUGCGGUGGACGACCGGGACGCACAGAUGCUCGACGCCGAGGAAGCGGCGAGGAGGAAACGCACCAGGACGGACGCCGCAACGGCGGAGCAGGAUCACCCCACCACCAUCACCACCACCACCACCACCACCACAGCCACGGCGGCCAUGCCCUCCCCCGCCGGAAGCAGCACGCCUACGACAUACAACGGCAGCCAGAACGGCAGCAGUAGAAAUGGCGGAGGCGGGGGGAGGACGCCGCAGAGCCAGACGCACACCCCGCCCCUGACGCGCCGCCAGUCCGGCACGCCCGUGCUGGGCGUCGAGAUGCAGAUGCCGUCGCGCCCGGCCACGCCCAACGCGCCGAGGGACGGGAACACUGCUGGGGGCGCAGGAGCAGGCGGAGCCGGUGUGGGGCUCGGCGUCAGGCAGUCAGCAGCAGCUGUUGCUCCGGCUACCGCAGACGCCCCUGCGCUUGCGUCAGGAGAGGCAGCCGGCGCAGCGGCGGAGGCGGCGCCGAUCGACGAGGACGAGUGGGCCGCGUUUGAGCGGGAGGUUGUGAACGCAGUCCCGGCGGCGACAACCGGCGAUGCCGCCGUCAUCAGCGCGGCUCCCAUGACGGCGGAGGAGGUUGCGGCAGCGGCUAGUGAGGAGGACGGACGGACCAAGCGCCGGGCCGCGGCGGACAUCGAGCUCGAAGACGAGAAGGAGGAGGCCAAGCGGGCGCUGGAGGAGGAGUUUGAGGAGAUGGAGGAGCUGGAGGCGCGGGUUCGGCGGUUAAAGGAGAAGAGGGAGGCGUUGAGGAGUCGAAGCGUCGUCGGUCUCAAUGCCGCUUCUGCUGCUGCUGCUGCGCCGUCAACAAAGUUAUCCAAAGAUGGGAUUGAUGAGGAGCCUGUCGCCGAGCAAAGUGAGGAGCCGUCUAAAACUUCCCGGGACGGAGCCCAGGACGAGAACGAGGAUGACGAAGAUGACGACGACGAUGACGAUUUCGAAAACUUCCACUUGAGGAGGUAG